AUGAAGGCUGCCUUGAAGAAAGGCCAGGAAGAUUUCCGUCAUUCCCAAUCUGAAUCAUCACAGCAGACCAUUGAAAAUCUCACGAAGGAGCUAAAAUAUGUCAAAAGCAGCAAGGCAGGUAAGCCCCUUGGUCGCGGCAUGACUCCUCACAAUCCCAACCUAUAUGACUCAAGCAUCAGUGAAGAUGAAGAGGAAGUUAAGAUCAACUCAGACCAAGAAGAAGAGGAGACCGAUCCUGCAGCUAAGAAGCUGGCGCUCCUGGAAUCUUAUAACAAGAAAAUACUCUGCAUGCGGGCGAAGUUACCUGGAGCACCAACACCCGUAGCUACUCCAAAUGGCUACGCACAAUCUCCUUUCAUUGAUGAAAUUGCAAAAGCCAGGAUCCCCAAGAAGAUCAACAUGUCUCAACCUCAUAUGUUGAAUGAUGGAUCAACAAAUCCCUAUGAUUACGUGGCGCAAUACAAGCGGAAGAUGUGGACCUUGUCUAUUCCUAAGCAUCUCUUGGAGGCCACCAUGUGCAAAUCAUUUGGAGCCACCCUAUCGGGACCAGCUUUGCAGUGGUUGAUCAGUCUAAAUCCAGGUACAAUUCCAAAUUUUGCUGCUUUGAUUAACAAGUUCUAUCUGCAAUUUGCUAGCAGCAGGAUCUUGGAGAAACACACAGGUGAUCUGUACCCGAUCACUCAGAAAACAAAUGAAGCUGUGAGGAAAUACCUCGACCGAUUCAACAAGGAGAUGAUAUCAGUCAAGAACCUAGAUGUCCCUACAGCCAUCGAGACAUUCAGGAGAGGACUAACGUAUAAAUCCAGGUUAUAUUAUGAGCUGACCAGGUAUCCCUGCAACACCUUCGAGAAGGUCAGAGCUAGAGCCAUGGCUGAAAUCCACGUCGAGGAAGAUGAUGUGUCUUGA